UAAUUUUCAGCUGCGCUUGAUGGAACGAACAGCUAGUUUCGCUAAAGCGCAGGGUUAGAAAUGGCUGAAACCAUAGCUGAUACUAGAAGGCUCUUUAGCAAGCCCCAGAACCUAAACGACGCUUAUGGACCACCGAGUAACUUUCUGGAGAUUGACGUGAGCAACCCCGAGACGAUCGGGGUAGGAAGAGGCAGACACACGACGUACGAAGUCAGACUGAAGACGAACCUUCCCAUCUUCAAGCUGAAGGAGUCGAGUGUACGGCGGCGCUACAGUGACUUUGAGUGGCUCAGGGCGGAGCUGGAGAGGGAGAGCAAGGUCGUUGUACCGCCCCUCCCGGGUAAAGCUCUGAUCCGGCAGUUGCCCUUCCGAGGGGACGAUGGGAUAUUUGCUGAUUCUUUCAUAGAGGAAAGACGACAAGGUCUGGAGCAGUUCCUAAACAAAGUGGCCGGUCACCCUCUGGCCCAGAACGAAAAAUGCCUGCACAUGUUUCUACAGGAUGAGUCUGUGGACAAGCACUACACGCCGUCCAAAGUCAGACAAGCUUAAAAAAAAAAAGAUGGCGCAGCCAACCUACUUGCCCGCAGGCCUUCAUCGGACUUGGCCGGCCUGCUCAGCCGAGCUCGGACCACCCAACCCACAGAGCUCCCUCUCCCUCUUCAGUGCUUUUUCUCAGACAAUAGAAAAAAAAUCAAAGAUACCCUUCCCCAAAUAGACACACGUAUAUAAAUAUCUAUAUAAAUAGCUCACUGUCCUUUCCAACCCCCCCCCCUCCACUUUUUAUGUUCCCCUUUUAAUAGCAGCAAAUGUUUGCAGCAUCACAUGGUGUCUGGAAAUGCCGUUAACAUGGCUGUAUAAUUCUAUUUAUCGUUUGCGCCGUCAUGAAUAUAUUCAUUUAUGUUGUAACUACGACCCACAGCCGAGUUCAUUGUAGAGUCAUUAUUGGCAUGUCGCACAUUAGUGGGCCUUGAAAUUUAAAGAACGUGUUUGACCUCCACCUUGACACCGCCGCAUCAACCCACUCCACCCAAAAAAAAAAAAAGUGUGUGUGUGUAUGCGUGUGUCCAGCAACCAGCACUUGUCCUGUUACCACCAUCGCUUUUCUAGGAAGUCAAUUUACACAGAGGUAACUGCAGUAUUUCUACUGGCUAUAUACGCAUUUUGAGAUUUAUAUAAUGCUGUGCCAUUGUUUUUUUUUUUUUUUUGUUAAUUUUGAGGAUUUUCCAAUAAAAUAGAUGAAAUAUCAACUGCAUAUAUGCAUAAAUAUUUUUUGUUUGCCAACUUUCAAAUUCAUGCGUAUGAAGAGUAAGAACUCAAAGGAAAUUAUUCUAUGAAGGAACUUGUAGGAAUCAUUUUAGAGUAAAUGACUUUGUAGAUAAAUGAUGCAAAUUUACACAGAUUGUAAUUUUAUGAGAAUUAACUCAUAAUUUAAUUUUAUAAAUAAGGUUAUUCUGAUUUUAUAAACUAAUGCGUAUAUUUAGAAUUUUACUGUUGUAAAUGAUGACAAGUUCCCAUUACCCUUUUGCAAAUUAUUUUGUAAAAAAUGUGGCAGCACACUAGAUUACUUUUUAAAUUAAUACCAUUUAGGAAAAAUUAAAUUCACUGUCCUUUAUUCAAAUGGUUUGACCUCUUCCAAGUAGUUAUAACUCCCACGUUUUUACAAUGGAAUAAAACCACCAUAUUAUUCCACCAAACGGC